AUGCACCACCACUCGACAAUGAAGAACCUAGUGUUCCUGGCGUUGGCCACGCUUCCUUGCGGUCUGGCCACCACGGAAACCUCAGAUCGGGACGUCAACUUCUGUUUCAACAAAAAGGACGGAUACACAUGUGGCGCGGACCUGGCGACCAUCCUGCAGUGUGUCGACUACAACCACAUCUUCAUAGCCAGCUGCGCGGAUUCCGGUCUUAGAUGCACUUUCCUGGACGGUGGCAUUCCUCACUGCAUCGCUCGCAAUGGCUAA